AUCUUCUCUUUUCUUUUCACCGUUUCCACACUUUUCAUAAAUGAGAAUUCCCACUUUUCUGUACACUUUUCAUUUAUUCUUGCACGUUAUUGCUUUUCUGUUACGUAGUUGUCCUGUUUAAUCAUUCACGGAACUUGAACUAUAAAUUUUAAGCCUUUGUUUGCAUCUUGCGGUUUACUAAAAAAAUUGGUUUUUGGUUUUUGUAUUGUUUUAGUUUAUUUAAGUUCAGAGGAGCAUUGCAAGUUACUAUCAAGCCAUGGGUCUUGGGAAGAAGAAGAAAAAGGGUGCUUCUUUCCAAAUUGAUUACAUUGUACAUAUCCAAUUGAUUAGGCCAUGGCCCCCAUCAGAAUCAUUGAGGUCUGUUCAGUCAGUAUUACUUCAGUGGGAAAAUGGCGAUCGCAAUUCUGGAUUUGUGACUUCCUCUGUUGAGGAUGACUAUCUUGAAAUUAACAAGACUUUCACUCUAUUCUUAACUUUAUGUCGCGAGAAAAAAUCCAAAGAUAAAUUUCUAAAGAAUAACUUGGAGUUCUCCUUGUAUGAAUAUACAAAGGAGAAUGCAGCUCAAGGUCAACUAUUGGGGACAGCUUCAAUAAAUUUUGCAGAAUAUGGAGUUAUCAAAGAAACUUUAGCUAUUAGUGUUCCUUUAAACUGCAAGAAGAGUUCUAAAAGCUUGCUGCAACCAUCUCUAUAUGUUAAGGUUCAGCCAGCAAAAGAUAAACAAGAAUCAGACUUAAUGAUUGAUGAUGCUGAAGAUGAUUCUGAUGCUGCUUCUUAUACUGAUGAUGAUGUUUCGUCGCACUCAUCCUCAACUUUUGCCUCUUCUCUUUUUGAAGCUGCUUGGGCUUCACCAUCUAACAAUGUAAAGGUGGCAUGGCCCUCGCCAUCUCGAGUUGUAAAGAAUGACAUGCAUGAAGAAGCAGCCAGCGGAACAAGCAAAAGUGAAGAAAAUACUCAGAUAUCUAAAGAAAAAUACAUUGAUAGAUUGAUAUCAAAAAUUACGACUUCACAUAUGCAUACUCAGGCAGGUGUCGACAGUCAAAAUAGUUCGGAUGAAACAACAGAACAUGAUUUUGGACAGGACGAACUGUUCCUUGAUGACACAAGAGACUUGUCAGACAACAAAAUAGCUAAAAGUAUGAAAAGACAAGGUACAAUGAGUUCCAUUCGUAAAGCUCUUGGAGCUCAGAUCACACAUGGCCGAUUGAAGCCAGUGAAGUCUGUUCAGAUAAGAGACUCUGCAAGUGCAAAUGUAUUUUUGGGGAACACUGAGAUUAUUAAGAAAGAAAUAAAAGAACACACACCUAUAGAAACUAGUAGUAUUGCUAAAAGUACAGGAGUGGAGAAAAAAGAACCAAAGAAUACUACCAGUACCUCAGCAACUGAAAAAAGAGAUCCUGCAAAUGUUAUGUCAAAGAGUAAACCUGAAUCGGAAUCUAGAAUUCAGAUGCUUGAGGAAGAACUAAAAGAAGCUGCAGCUAUUGAAGUUGGCUUUUAUUCUGUAGUUGCUGAGCAUGGAAGUUCAAUGAACAAAGUUCACACUCCAGCCAGGCGCCUUGCUAGAUUUUAUCUCCACGCUUGGAGAACAAAAUCCACUGCUAAACAGGCAAGUGCUGCUAGAGCCGCUGUCUCAGGAUUAGCUUUGGUUUCUAAAGCAUGUGGAAGCGAUGUUCCAAGGCUAACUUUCUGGUUGUCGAAUUCCAUUAUGUUAAGAGCAAUCAUCAGUCAGGCUGCUGCAGGAGUGCAAUUUAAUGAAGGGGCACCAACUGAAACUACUGGCAACAAAGGUAGGUCUGCGUUGGAAAAAAUAUAUAUGCAGCAAAGCAUCAAAUCAAUUGCUAGCCAAGGGAACAAGAGUCAUUUAGUUAAGCAAUAUUAUAACUGGGAGGACAUCGAAUCAUUCACUCAAGCAUUGGAAAAGCUUGAAGGUUGGAUCUUCUCCAAAAUCACCAAGUCCCUUUGGUGGCAGACUCUGACUCCACAUAUGCAGUUUUCGACUGCAAAAACUAGUAAGACUAAGGGCUCAAGGGUGAAGAAAACAUAUGGGAGUAGACAUUCUUUGGGCGAUCAAGAACAGGGCAAAUUUUCCGUAAAACUUUGGAAAAGGGCUCUGAAAGAUGCCUGUGAAAGGCUUUGUCCACUUCGGGCAGGUGGCCAUAAAUGUGGCUGCUUACCUGUUCUGCCAAAGUUGGUGAUGAAGCAGUUGGUGAGUAGAUUGGAUGUGGCAAUGUUCAAUGCUAUUCUCCGCGAAUCCACUGAAGAAAUGCCAACAGAUCCAGUGUUUGAUCCUAUAAGUGAUCGUAAGGUCCUCCCAAUUCCUGCUGGAAAAUCAAGCUUUGGAGCUGGUGCACAGUUGAAAAAUGCUGUUGGGAGCUGGUCUGGAUGGCUUACAGAUCUUAUUGGCUUUCAAGAUGAAGUUUCACCAGAGUAUAAUAACAUAUUUGGGAAUGACAAGAAACCAGAAUCGUUCAAGGCUUUUCGUUUCCUUAAUGCAUUGAGCAACCUCAUGAUGCUUCCAUUUGAAAUGCUCAUAGAUGCAUCCACAAGAAAAGAAGUCUGCCCAAUACUUGGUCCAGCUUUGAUCAAAAGAGUUCUCGCCAAUUUUGUUCCAGAUGAUUUCCGUCCUGAUCCAAUUCCAAUGAAUGUCCUUGAGGCCCUGGAUUCCGAAGAUGUAAAAGAUGCUCCUGGAGAAUUGCUGACUAGCUUCCCGUGCACUUUCACAUUGCCUGUCUAUACACCUCCUCCGGCAUUGUCUCUCACUAUUUUUAUAGAGAAGGUUGGCAAUCAAGCUCCAAAGAUUAGGGGGUCAUCUGUACUCAAGAAAACGUACACCAGCGAUGUUGAGCUUGAUGAGCUGGACUCACCGUUUACUUCGUUCCUCGCUGAUAGCUUCAAGGAUUAUCCAAAUUUAGCAAAACCUGCUAGAAAUAUUGUCAGAUACCAGCUUCUCCGUGAAGCGUGGAAGGAGGUUCAACGGUGAGGAUACCAGCAAGAUUUACAUAUUUGGUCAGUUCCUGCCUUCCUUGUAAGAAAUGAAGUUAUUUUCCUUUCCACCGAAGAACAAACAUUUCCGAGUACUUGUUGCAAUUGGGAGUUGUAACUGACUCCAAAGGCUAAUAAACCUUGUUUCUAUUUUUUACACUCAGAGGCGGAUCCAGGAUAUAUAUUUGAUGGAUUCAACCUUUAAGGUUCUUA